CCAGUAUCUUUAAAUUUUGUGUGAGUUUGUCCGUCAAAAAACGAGCAAGGAAAAAUUUUUGAAUUUUUAUACUGCUAAAGGCUACAUAUCGCCAAUCUCCUUUAUAUCUAGACACCAUCAUUAAUCAAGUUAGCUAAGCAAUCAGGAGAUCAGUCGUAGUGAUAGAACAGAACUGAGAGCUGCAAGAGAAAUACACCUAUACAAUGGCUUCUAAUCAAACAACAAAUCACUUGUUUGAUGAUCCGUCCAUCAUUCAAUUAAGUAGUGGUGGUGGAAGUACCAUUAAUCAAACUUCAUCCACGACUAAUAUUCAUAAUUUAGAACCAGGGUCUGCGUUAUCCAAGUUAUUAGACUCUGCUAUGGCUAAUGCUGCCAAGGAAUCAACUCCAGAUUUGAUUCCAAAAUCAAGAUCAAGUACCCCACCUGCCAAUAACUUCAACAACAAUACGACUGAAUAUAGUUCGAAUGAAAAGGCAGGUUCAUCAUUAAUUUAUUCAGUAGAGUUUCUUCUUUUCCUUAAGGAUUCACCUUUGAUUGAGGAAUAUAAAGAUUCGAUUGAAUUGCCCGAUAAAAGUUUCUGGAGAUUUAAACCAAAGGGGGUAUCAAGUACACCAUCCUCAUCAUCAAUCAAUGACUUUUCUAAUGGUAACAAUAAGAAUAAAAAGUCAAAUUCAUUCAAUAGAAGACAUCAAAAUGAAACUUGGGAAAGAAAAUCUUCCAAUAAUACUGGAUUUGUCAAAGGUGGAGAUUUAGAAAAUUUCUCAAGUGAUAAAAUAUCUCAAUUAUUGGGUGAACCAUUAGAUGAACUUGAGCCAGAAUGGGAUGCAGCUGAUUCCAAUACUGCAAAUUCAGAUUCAUUGGGUAUGAUGGGUCAAUCGGUUCAAGAUUAUGAAAAAUGGAAACUUCAAAUGAAACUUGAUGAAAGAAAAAGAAAAGGUGAGAAUAUUACAGAAGAAGAUUUAUUAAGAGAACAACAACCAGUAGAAGAAAAGGGUAAUGAUGUUGAUAAUUUCUUUUCAUUUGUAAAGACAGCCAAGGAAGAAAAUUUGGAAUCACAACCAGCAGCAUCUGAUAAUUCAAGAAGUUCAAAGUUUUCUUCAUUUUUUGAUGCUGCUCCAACAUCUGCUUCAACCAUUCUUCCUCCUGGAUUAUCAAAACAGAAUCAACCAACACCUCAAAGUCAACUGCAACAACGUCAAGAUUUGAUACACUCUCAACAGCAACAACAACAAGCUUCAGGAGCUUCAAGAUUCUUCUCUCAAGAUCAAGCUUCUAGUGGUCCACUUCCACCCCAACAACACCAAGUUCCACCUCAACAACAACAGCAACAACAACAACAUCAGCAACAACAGCAACAAUCCCAAUCUCAACAAUCCCAACCUCAACAACAGCAACAAAUUCCACCUAUGUCUAUUCAUAUACCACCUCAUUCCAAUAUUCCUCCUAUGAACAACGGACCCAACUUAGGUCUUGGUACUCUACAUGGUUCAAAUAAUAAUGAUUCUUUCUUUAUGGCUUUAUUAAACAAAAAAGAACCAUCUGCAUCCGGCACCCCUACUUCAGGUGGUGGUCUUGCUGCAUUAUUUGCUAGCCAACAAGAGAGUUCUGCAUCUAAAAAUCAAGAAAUAAUAAAUCAUUCCCCUGAUCAAUCUAAGGUAAAUCCUGCUUCUCCUCAAGUACUUAUGUCUCACCAAAGCCUUAAUGCUCCUCAAUCUCGUCAAUUACCACCUCAAGGACCAAGCCAAAACCAAAACCAAAACCAAAACCAAGGUCAAAAUCAAAAUCAACAACAUAGACAGCAACAAAUACCACCUUGGAUGAAACAACAGUUCCAGAAUAGAAUGCCACCAGGUGGAUUUCCACCAAACAUGCAAUUCCCACCUCCACCACCAAAUAUGCAAGUAGGUCCCGGUGGUCCAGGUCCAAGAGGUCCAGGUGGUCCUCCACCACCAGGAAUGUUCCCGGGUGGAAUGAUGCCUCCUCCUCCUGGUGGAAUCCCACCUCAAUUCCUCAACGGUAAUCCAAAUUUCAUUCCUCCUCAAUUUAUGGGUCCACCACCUCCAGGUAUGCCAUUACCACCUCACUUACAACACCAUCAACAACAACAACAUCAUCAACCACCACAUACCCAACAACAGAAGGGAAAUUGAUUUCAUUUAAUGAGAAACUUAUGAUGAGAAUUGUACAAUGGUAAUAAUGUUGAAGUUUUCUUUUUACCCAUUUUAUUUAUUUAUUUAUUUUAUUUUUAUUUUUAUACUUAGUGUUAUAUGUCUAUAACGA